UUUCUUAUUCACCAACAGAGCAAUGAAGUAGGUGGUAGUUACCACAUGGAAAAGGAGGGACUCAAAAGAUGCCUAGAUCAUCUGGAGUCAAACGAUUUGGCGGUUGAGUACAUUGUGACUGACCGUCAUCCACAGAUCCAGAAGUUUCUGAGGGAACGCAACAUAGAACAAUUAUAUGAUGUCUGGCACUUUGAAAAAGGUUUGUCCAAGAGCACAACCUCGGGGCCGGAGAAGGUGGCAAGGUGGACGUCAGUGGUCAACCACCUACAAAACAUCCACGUGCAUGACGACCCCCUAUUCCCCAAGUGUGAACAUCCUGAAAGAGCCACAACGGAUGAAAAUAAAUGGCUAAAAUCUGAUUCAAUAACACUCCACAAAGUUGAGAAAAUACUCAACAACAAGAGAGUUCUCAAAGAGGUGCAAAAGCUAAGCCAUCACUACCAGACCUCAUCCCUGGAGUCGUUCCACAGCUUGAUUCUGCGUUUUGCCCCCAAAAAUGUGGUUUUUCCCUUCAUGGGAAUGUUGUGCAGGUUGUGUCUAGCAGCCAUGCAUCACAAUGAGAAUGCUGACCGUGAGCAAGCCACAACAGCUGCAGGACUACCUGUGUACAGAUUGGCCUAUCCAAAAUCAAGGAGGGGAGAAUGCACCGCAAAGCCUGUAAAGAAGGAGCCUACAUACAUGUACGUGGGUGAGCUGAUGAGGCUGGUGUUUGAAGAAGUCUUUGAGGACCCAACACCCUUUGUGGAGGAGAUGAAUAAAAUCAACAUCCCAAAGGACCUGUCCACUCAAUUUGACAGGCCCUCAAAGGAGGAAGUGGUAGCCCGCCAUGUCUCACGUUUUGGUCUAGGGGCGGUCGGAAGCCCACGUACUGUCCAGCCAGAUCAGGGAACUCCUGGCGUAUCCGGCGGACCACACACGACGGGAUGACCACUCUGAUUCCUCGUCCCAAAAAGCCCCAGCACCAGCUUACGAAGCUGCGAUAGGCCAGAUGCCUAAAACGCCUAUAAGAGGAGGAAUGGAUGAUAACAUAUAUGUGCUGUCCUGUUUUUCACCCUUACCCUCUGGCUGCUUGAACAACUGAAUUUCCCCACAGAGAUUAAUAAAGGUCCAUCUUAUCUCAUACAGUGUAUAUAUACACAUGAUCAAUUUGUACAUUUAUCAAAAUAAAGUUUGAUGGAACUACUUGAUAGCCUUUCUUCCCUGAAUUAUUUGCUCCUAGAUCAUUCAUAUAUAGCAAACCAUUAUUUGAUUUUUCAUCUA